AUGAGGCAACUGAACCUAUUUCCCAGGUCAAGUUGGUAUUCUCAUCUCACAGCAGGUAUUGUCAACUUGCUACAUUCAUACCUACUGGUCAGUACUGAUCCAUGUUUUAAACACUUGAAAUUCCAGAAUGUCAACAACAAUCUUCAGCUGCAUGGCAAGCAUAAAAGACUCUACAAUUACAACGUCAACAGUUCAGUAGACUUGGCCAAGUUGUUUGUGCCAGAUUAUCUUGCUGAGUUUUCAGGCUUUGAUGAGUCACUGGACAUGAGUGCCAUCCUUCGCCUGUUGGGAUUUAACAAGCCUGCACCGAUUUUCUACUCCCCAAACCCACUGAUGUCUAUUCAGAAUUCAGCUGAUGAUGUCAGAGAAAACGUCAGGAACAAAUGGGGUCAUUGUAAUGUUACAGACUGGACUGAAGUCCUCUUCAAUGAUUGUUUUUCCAAGCUGGAGACCUUGGUGAGAAGUCUGGGACUGACUGGUGGUAUUGAGAAGACCAGUUUAGAUCUGCUUUCGGAUUGGUUGACAAAAGGUUGCCAGCUGUGUAUGGGUCAUGCUGUGGAUCAAAAUCUUCUUUCUCUUGUGCAACAAGAUGUCAAAGAACUCAUAAAGAACUACAAGAAAAGUGAAGCAGAACAAUCAGCCAUUCAAGAGUUAUUAGGUCAGCAGAGAACUGAGCAAGCUGAAAUGCAAAACACUGUGACUUUCAUCCAAGGUGAGCAAUCGUCAACAAGAGUUCAAUUGCGGGAACACAAUGAGCUGUUGGAAGCAAUGCUAGAGUGGAAAGAACAACAGAUGAAAGAGAAGCAAGAAAUAAUGGAAAAGCUUGUGUCCCUGGAGAAAACGCUCAGUGACGAAUUAUUGAUUCGAGUUGACAGAUUGGAAAAGGGACUAGCUAAAGCAGAUGGCAAAGUUGAACAACUGGAGGAGGGAUUUGCCAGGACCGAUGACAAAUUUGAACAACUGGAGGAGGGAUUUGCCAGGACCGAUGACAGAGUGGAACAACUGCAGCAAGGGUUUGCCAAAGUAGAAAACGACGUUUUUGAGACAGGAAAGAAAAUCAAACAACUGGAAGAAGAAGUCACAAGUCAGAGAAUGGAGAACAAUCCAGGUUAGUUUUUGUAAUUUGUAAAUUCAGAGGAAAAGAACAGUGAUGAAUGGUAUCAGGGAACAACAAUCUGGGGGUAAUCAAUGAUUCUGAUCAGCCACUGAGUAUCGGUGAUUAUCAAUGCGUAAUUGAUGAUGUUAUCAGUAGGGUAACUUCUGCUGCCCUACUAAUCAAAUCGUACCACUUUUAACAUAAAUCAAAUCGUACCAAGUUUAACAUAAAGUUAACAUAAAACUAUCAUUUCUUUACAUAUGUUAAAAGAGGUUUGACAGCCAGUAAGGUGAGUUAAUUACUCGAUCAUGGUAAUGAAAACGUUGAAGUAAAUGUUUGGAAACUUAGAGAACGAUUGACGUGAGGUUGGGAAGUUGAAAUGUUUGAUAGUUCCCAUGGAGAAUUAAUAUUUAGUAUUUUUACACAUUUGCUUCCUGGUGUGGACAGGGUGUUUGUAUUGGGUUUAAGUGCCUCUUCUUAAACUGUUUGUGUAUAUGCACGCUACCUCUACAAGCAAGCCUCUCCC